AUGUCAGCUAAAGGAAAAGAACCGGCCGCCCAAAAAGAUGGAGCGACCACGAACCCGAGAGGAAUCCCCCAGGCGCCGUUCGUUGAUAAAGUCGAAGACUAUGUCACCUCAAGAGACGAUGUCCAGUCUACGCUACGCAGCUUCCAGGAGAUGAUCUCUAAAUAUCAAUUUAUGGAACUAAAUUUGCAAAGGAGAGUGGCUGGACUAAAAGACAAGAUGCCUGAUAUACAAAAGACUCUGGAAACAGUCAAGUUCCUAAAGACAAGAACGGAGGAAUCGGAUCCGAUCGAAACAACGUUUGAGCUUAACGACACUUUGUAUGCGAAAGCGUCUAUACCCCCUACAGAAGAGGUGUACUUAUGGCUUGGUGCAAAUGUAAUGCUGUCGUAUCCCGUUGACGAGGCCGAGAUCCUUUUAACGUCAAAAUUAGCGGCUGCAAAACAGAGCUACGCCAAUUGCGAGGAAGACCUUGAUUUCUUAAGGGAACAGAUUACAACUAUGGAGGUUGCAGUAGCGCGAGUGUACAACUGGGAUGUUGUUCAGAAGCGAAAAGAAAAAGCAGACGAGGAACACAAAGGGAAAGGGACUGAGGAUGGUGACGAGCAGCCAAACGGAUAA